UAAAAUCUAAGCAUGCCCAGGAGUAAGAAGCGUGGAGCCGCAGCUGCCAGUCAGACAGCAGUCGCAGCUGAGGAUACUCCUGCCAAUGUUGAGGAAUCACCAGCUGGGAGGAGAAAGCGAGGAUCAGCCUCUCAGAGCCCUGCUCCCAAAAAACCAGCCCCUAAAGCCUUACCCAGCCCAGCUCCCAGAUCAAGGAGCCGAGGUAAAGGAAGAGGAAAAUCACAAGGAAAGGGUGAUAGUGCAGAAGAAACUGGAAGAGUAACCAGAGCGGUGGUACAUGAAGCUGAAGAAUCUCCAAAGCGAGGUCGUUCCACUUCCAGGAGGGGGAAACCAGCCAGUGAACCGGCCCCUGAACCAGUUACUUCAGCCAGAAGUAGGUCCAGACAGAAGGCAACUCCAUCUAAAAAGACACCAACAGCCAAAAAGACUCCGACAAGAGGUAGUCGCAGUAGAAGUGCUCGUGGUAAGAAAAAAGCUGAAGAGGAUGUUGAUAUGGAAGAAGAGGAGGAAGAAGAAGAUGAAGUUCAGCCAGUUAAGUCUACUCCUAAACAAAGAGGAAGAGCUAGAAAGGCUACUCCUAAGAAGUCUCCAGCACCAAAAAAGUCCCCAGCACGGAAAAAGACUCCAGCAAAGAGUGCAUCAAGAUCAAGAAGCAGAGGGAAGAAGCAGAGUGCUGAAGAACCACAAAGUCCUCUCCCAGAUGCCCAAAUUGUCCUCACUAAAAUUGACUCACCUCAGAAAGCUUCAUCUCCUACCAAGUCUCCAUCUCCUAAGGCAGCAAAGAAAACACCUUCACCCAGUCCUAAGAAAGCAGCAAGAUCAACAGCAAAGAGAACUCCUCCAUCAGCCAGCAGAGGCAACCGUUCACAGAAAGGAGCUCAGGUUCAAGAGGAGGCAAAACUUGAGGAGGAAAAAACUGAAAAGGAGGAGGAACAAGCAAGUGAAGAUUUAGAAAAAGAGAAGGAAGAAGCUGUGGAUACUACAGAAUCAGUAGAACAGAAAGAGGAGACAAAGGAGACUGAAGAAGAGAAAGCAGCUACUGAAGAGGAAAUGGCAGCUGAAGAGGAAAAAGAACCUGAUAAUGAAGAAAACAAAGAAGAAAAAGUAGGGGAAGAAGAAGCAGCUGAAGAAAAAGAAGAAAAGAUGGAGGCACCUGCAGAGGAGAAGCCGGUAGAACCCAUGGAACCAGAAGCUGAGGAGAAGCCCGUCCAAGAAAGUGCAAUAGAAGCAAUAUCUGAUGAUGAAGUAGCAGAAGAUGAAAAGAUGACUGAAAAUGCACAGCAGAAUUUAGCUGAGGAAAAUGGAGAGGAUGCAGAGGUGCCCAGUCAGAAGAGGAAGUUAGAAGAAGUUGAGGAUGGAGUAGAAGAGGAGGAAGAUUUUUCUGCCAAGAAACCUAAACUGGUUGAGGAAUCUGUUCCUCAGACAAAUGGAAAUGAGGAAAAUAGCAUGGAAUUUGAAACAAGUGAAGAAGUGAAAGAAAACGUGGUGGAACCUGAAACAAGUAUUGAAAAAGACUAUGUAAUGGUCAACGUAAAUGAAGUUCCUGCUGCUGAUAGCAAUGAGAUUUUAGAUAGCAUUCCCAAGCCACAGAAUGAAGAACCAGAAAAAGAGGUGGAGCAGGUAGUGGAGGAAGUAGAAGCAGUUCCUGUGGUAGAUAAUCAGGUAGAAGAAAGUGGAAAUGUUGUAAUGGAAGAAGAGGCAGCGGAAAUCCAGGAGGAAGUUGUGGAGGAGCCCAUACAGAAAGAGGAAUUUCAACCUCUGGGAAAUGAGGAAGUUAUUCAGGAAGCUAGUAACACUCCUGUUCCCCAACAGGAAGUAGUUCAACAGGAAGUAGUUCAAGAGGCAAUUAUGGUACAGCCAAACCAGACAGAAGAAAUUCAUCAAUUAGUGCAAUCAGUGAAUAGUGAAAUCAAUGAACAAUUACCAGUAUCAAAUCCAGACAAGCAAAACUGGGUUUUCAACAGGAGGUUCAUCAAAAAUCCAGCCUUCCGAGAUGAUGUAGCAGACCCUGCAAAACAAUUUAGUGUGGUUAGUUACAACAUUCUUGCCCAGUGCCAUCUAGAGAGAAAUGACUACAGUUUUACAGAACCACAGUUUUUGGCAGCUGACCACCGUUACCAGAAAGUGGUGGAGGAGCUGAGGUAUCUGGACGGGGAUAUCGUCUGUCUUCAAGAGGUGGAACCAGGGUUUUACAAUAACAAACUGAUGGCAGCUAUGAAAGAAAUGGGAUACCAGGGACUGAUGAGAAAGCGUACUGAUGAUUACAGUGAUGAAGGAGAGGCCCUCUUCUACAAAUCUAGUCGAUUUACCAUCAUAGAAAGCUAUACAUACUCUAUGGCUGAACUGGCAAAUAAGGAAAUUGAUGAUGGAGUAGACCCCACACAACAGGAGACCAUCAAGGCUUACCUGGACCGUCCUGAUGUAAUGGUCCUGGCUAAGCUUCAGUGUAAUAAAACAGGACAGGUCCUCACUGUAGGAAAUAUCCAUGUUCACUGGGGCAAAAUGAAGGUCCCAGAUGUACAGUGUAUACAGAUUGCAUGUGCCAUUAAGGAGGUGGUUAGUAAGGCAGGGAGUGACAUGAACCCCCAUAUUAUAUGUGGGGACUUUAACUCGGAGGUGACUAGCCCAGGUUACCAGCUUUGUACGGAGGGAUACCUGUCCGAUGCCUGCAUUCAACAACUCCAGUCACUGGAGAAUUUAAUAUUCCCAGAUGGAUCAAAAUCAUCAUUAAUCAACACUCUGUGGAGGGCAUUUCAGCAUACAUCCAGCAGUAUGAAAAGUGCAUAUAAAACUGCUCAGGGGAGAGAACCAAGUCUGACAUCCUUCAAUAAAGGGAUGAGGGCAGCUGUGGACUAUGCUUUCUUCAGCUCUAACUGUCUGGACAAUGUGGGGGUCCUGGAGGUCGCUCCAGAAGAGGCCAUCACAGAGACAGGGGGAAUCCCUGACGAAAUAUUCCCAUCAGACCAUGUAUCAAUCAAGGCGGCUUUCUCAUUCAGAUAAACAACAUCGUUCAUGAUCAUUUGUGAAGAGAGCCUCAACUAUAGAUCUAUUUCAUCAUUAAUCAUUGGUCAUAUCAUCUGACUAUCAUUUGAAUCAUAGUUUACCUCUAGAGCUGAUGGACGAGCAACUUAGUGCAGCUAUUAUUGAACAUGGUCAGCCAGCCACCAACUACAUGGUCAGCCAGCCACCAACUACAUGGUUAAACAAGUCAACAUUUAAUAUUUUUUGUGGAACCUGAAGAAUACAUUUUGACUAUAAAAAGUUGCCUUUUUCUCCAAAAUGGAUUAUUUUUUUUUUCUCUUUGAACUUUGUCCACCUAAUAUUUAUCAUCUCAAGAAAAUCCAGAUUUGUACAGAAUAUGCUUUAUGAAUGAGGACUCUUAGUUAUUUGUUGUUUUUAUGAUAGAGUUAAUGAAUUAUUUUAUGAACAUUUAUGAAUUCAAUUGAGUAUUUGGGUAUUUUAAUGUGUUUGUUGUUUUAUUCCUCUUUAAUGAAUGUGGAGUUUGGAUUCAGUGUUAGUUGAUGUUGAGAGGUGCCGCUAAGUUUCAAUACUUGAUGUAUACAUUUUUUCAUAAGCUUAAUAUAUUAUUGUGGAAGUUAUCACCCUUUAAAUAUAGGUCUAUGAAAAUUUAAAAUUUUUACGACUGAAAUUGAAAGUCAUUAUUUUCUUAUUAAUUAAAUUAUUAAUGAAUUCUGACCUCAAAGAGGAUGUUAACUUUUUAACAAACGAGGUGCUCUUUUUUCUCAAGAUAUUUAUUAUGCCAAAAAUUAUUAAGGUUUAAUAAUUUUAUUUCAUAGUACUUUUGUAAUCUGAAUAGAUGGCAUAUACUUGGACAAUAGAAUAGCAUUUUUAGAAGGCUCUGAAUAUAAAUUUGGUGUAAAAUAUUUGGCUUUUCUGACAAUAUUUCAAAAUUAACACGGGAAGAAUAAAGUGUUUUUGAUGUGGAACAACUUCAGUGUCAUUAUCAAUAUAUAUCAUUCAGUUCAUUGUAAAUUGUUCAUUCCUUUGAAGAUAAAAACAUGUUUAGUACACAUUAAUAUUUUGGAAGAAAACAACAUUUGUGUUUCUAAUUUCAUUUUCAAAGUUGUAGUUUCUUUUUUUGUACAAAUUUAGAAAUGACUCAUAUAUGAAUAUUAUGUAUAUUGGCAGUUUUCCAUGUUUAUAGCAAAUGCUGUGUUUGUGAUUGCAUUAUGUACUAAGACUGUCUGAGUUAACAUAUAGCCAUGUUUAUACAGGAAUUACUUAAACACCCAUAGGAAAGCAUUCAAACUGAUCUCGGUGAUUCUCACUGCAAUAAAUUAUUUAAAAACACACAAUCAGCUGUCUUGUACAUAUUUACAUGCAAUUAUAGGGCAAUUAAAUUGCAAGGUUGGAUUUUUGAAAUAAACAUGGUAAACUUUU